GUUUAAUACUCCCACCAUUCCAGAUUCUAUUCACGACGGUGGUAAACAACAACAAAUAGUUUGAAUCAUUUUUAAGAUUAAUAAUAAGUGAUUUUUAGUGUUUAAUAAUAACGAUUGACUUUCCAAUUUGUUUGGAAAGUGUUUUCUUGUUUACGAUAAGACAUUAAAAUUUUAAUAAGUUUAGUAGACUAUUUAUAAAUUUAAAAAUGCAAAACAAUAAAAAACUUAUAACACAACCACAAUCAAUAUCAAGCAAUGAUUUGACGGCUCGAAAUAAAAAAUAUAUGUUAUGGAAAAAUCGUGAAAAGCCUGCUAAAUAUGACAUGUCAAGUCAGAGAGUCAAUACAAGUGAACAAUCUACAAGUGUGCAGAAUUCUCGUGAAAAUAAGUCAGUUUUACAAGUGCAGUCUAAGUUAAAUAAACCUGUAGAUCGUACGGAAAAAAAUGACAGUGCAUCAAUAUCAUCAACAAAUAAUACCGAAAGGGAAAUUGCUGAAACGCUACAUUUAUUAAGAAAAGAAAUUAGUCACUGGAAAGCACAUGAAAGUUCAAAAAGUGGAAUGGAAGAUUCUAAAGGAUUAAUAAUCAGCUCUGAUGAACAAAUAUACAAGAAAAAUUACGAUGAAACAAAUAAUCAACAAGAUGGGAUUCAAGCAUUAUGUCUUGAACUGGAUAAAAUUCGGACUUCUGGCAGUACAACAAUUAGCACAUUUCGACAUCAGUGUGAUUCAGAAAGAUUUAAAGAUGAUGAGGAUUACUUUAAACAUUUGGUAUUACCAACAAAGUCAAUAAUUCAGCAAGAAUCUGUUGAAAGAGAAGAUUUUUCAAAAGCAACAUUGCCAAUGACAGAAUAUUCAUAUAUUAAUAAACCAACAAUAAUCGAAGACACUAAUCAAAACAUUUUUUUGUCUGAAAAAAUAUCUCAAAAAAAUUUAUCUCUCAGUCCACAAACAAUACAAGUUUUGGAUAACAUUGAAACGCUGAUCCAAAAUGCACAAAAACAAUUGUCAGAGAUUAAUGAUAAUAUUUUGUUUUACAAGAAAAAUCCUGAGAUGCCGAACGCUCAACCAACAAUUGAUGAGGAUUUAUUGCGUAUACGACAAAUUGUUGCGAUUAAAUUUCACGAAGCAAGCAAUCAGUUAAAGCUUUGUAAAGAUCAUACAAAAUUUUCUGCCUCAAUUCCUCAAAUUCAAGAAGAGAACAUUGUUAAAGCACCCAGAUUAUUAAAACUUAUGACAAUGCUACCUGAAAAAUGCAAUUCAAAUAUAAGAGACGAUGAAUGUUGUAAAAAUAUAUCACAUUGCUUAAGACGUAAAAUGGCACAUUAUUCUCACAUUCCUCAUACUUGCGAUAAAAUUAAGACUGAAUCUCAUGAAAAAAAAGCGACUCAAACGGAUGAGAGAGAGAACAUAAAUGAAUCUUCAACUUUCCAAAUACAAAAUGGUCCAAAAGUAAUUGUGAAGAGAAGUUUGCAGGUUCAAAAUGUAGACCGCUUUCACGUAUCGCCAGAAACUUCAUAUCAAGAACCAAAAAAUGUCGGAGUCUACAGUUUUCAACAUAACACACUUUCAGAGCAAACUGAAUUUUCUGAGAAAAAGUUUAUUAAUGAAAAUGAUAAAAGUCAAAUUUCAAAAAAAGAAAGCUUCGAUAAGAAUCAAAUUUUCAGAAAAAGCGUUGUUCUCAAAUCUUCUGAUGACUCAAGAAGAAAAGUGAGCUUGAAAAGAAGUUCUGAGAUGGUUUCAGAUAAAAUUACAAAAACAAAUAAUUUCAGUGAAAUUAAUAUUGAUGAUGAUUCUGAUCAACAUAUUAUUGAUGACGAAUUAAUUGCAGAGUCACUAACAUCUAAAGAAUCUACAGUACAUUUAAAAGUAUCACCUAAAGAGUGCAAUAUUGAAAAUGAAAAUUCAAAAACUGAAAAAUUUCCUAAAGAUAAUGAAAAAAGACAAAUACCAAGUUGCCAUAUAGGAAAUUUACCAAAAAACCAGCCAUCGAUAAUUAGUAAUGAAAAAGUUAAUUUUGAAUAUAAAGAUAUCUUAAAAGGCGCUCAAUCUAACUCUCUAGUUCCAAAGCUUUCGUCUAUUAAAUUAGAUAAAUCCUCAAAUGAAUCAAAUGCAAUAAUCGAUCAUAUUAGCUUGGAAAAGCUCUCUGUCUUUGAUUUGGACACGGCUAUAAAAAGAAAUAACGAAAUAAUUAAAAAUGUUAUUCAAAGUACAGAUGUAUUUUUAAAAAGUAUAUCUCCUAAAUUUGAAAUUAAAAAUAAUGAUAAUGAUAAUAAAUAUGAUAAUCAGAAAGUGAAUUCUAAUGCGGAAAUGGUUUCUUUACAAAAUUUUAAGUCACCUGCGCAACAGUUAGAAUCAAUUAAAUUUCCAUUAGUGGAAAAUUUUCCUAAAAUAUAUUUUUCAGAAAAAGAAAAUGAAUUCAUACCUGGCGAUGCAAACAAAACAGAUUUUAUAAGUAGUAGUCCUGAUAAAUUCUCCAAAUUUAUUUCCCCGAAGUCGGACAUCAAUGAUCAGGAAACUGCCACUAACAGUCAAAGUAUCAAUUUAUCAUCAAUAAGCCUUAGUUUGAUGUCUUCAACAAAAAAUAUGAUUUUUCAACCAUCAUUACCUUCGAUAGUUACAAAAUCACUAUCUAAAGAUCUCUCAAAAGAUGAAACUUUAAAUGAUUUAAAAGAUUUGAGUAUUGAAAUUUUUUCAGAUAAAAAAGAAACUUUAAUAAAUUUUCAACGUCAAAUAAAUUCAACAAGUGAUCCAAAAGAAACUGAGGAGAAUAAACAAUUGAAUCAAAAUAUCUUGACGCAUGACGAUUUGAAUAAUGAUCAUUCCGAAAGAAAAGAAUCAGUAAUAUUUCCACGAAGCUUUAAAGAUUCACCAAAAAUUGAAACAAAUGCAAAUAUAAUGUUAUCCUCGAAAAUUUCCUUACAAUCGAGUAACUCUCAUAAAGAAGAAAAUAAAAAUAAAUACAGCGAUGUGGACAUUUUCAGUCAAAUUUUUAAAUCUCUGAAGAAUUCAUCAGUGAUCAUGAAAAAACUAUUGACUUGUUUGUGCAGAGAAACAGAUGCAGUAAUUGAAAAUGAAAUUAUCAAUAUAUUCAGAGAAAUCAGUGUCAAUGAUACAAUUAUUAAUCAAUUUCUUGUAAUACUUCAAAACCGAGAUAAGAAUUCACAAUUUUUAACGUUUAUUAAGGAUCUAGGCUCACAUUUAAACUUCAUUGACAAAGAAAAUAUUGAAUGUGAAACUAUAAGAAGACAGUUUAUAGAAUUUUUGGACAAAUCAAAAAUAAAAGUUCUUGAUUCCCAUACUAUUAGGAAUUCAAGUCCUAAUGCAUCAAGUAAGAUUGAAAACAAAAACAAUAAUUCUCUCCAGACAAAAUUGGACUUUGAUGUUUCAGCGAAAGAUAAAAAUGUUAUUUAUAGUGAUUGUAAGUUAGUAGUAGCCCAAGAAAAAAACGAUUCACUUAAGCUGCAAGAGAAGAUUAAUAUUUUUGAUAAGGUAGAUAAAGAUUUUUCUUUGCAAAAAUUAACUCAAAAAAUAUUUGUUGAUAAAUGUAAAAAUUAUGAAAUUCAAGACCUUAAAAAAGAAGCAGAUGAUCAACAAUACAAAGAAAUUAAUAAUUCUACAGAGUUAAAAACGGAAAAGUUAAACUCGAAACAAAUAAAAUUAAACAGUUCUACAAAAAUUAAAUCGACAUGUAAUAGUGAAUACAGUGGAGUUGAAUCAUCUAAGGGAAUUGAUUAUUCUCAAAAUUUUACAGAAAGUUCUACAUCAAAACUUUGUAACACUCUUGAAAGUCUUGUUUCGUUAAAGUUGUCUGAUUCAUUUAUGUUUAAAGGAAAGGAUUCAAGUAAUAAGGAAAUAUGUGCUGAACGAAAUGUUGAAUUGGAUAUUCAACAAAAAUUAAAUUAUUUAUUGAAUAUGGAAAAACAUAUUGCUCAAAGUAUAGAAGAAUCGUUAAAAACUGAAUCCAAGGAAAGUAAUUUUCAAUGUAAAUUAAAAAGAAAGUCUUUAAUACGAGGUGAAACUUUUAUAAUUAAGAAAUCAGAUUUGGGUCACAAGGAAAAAAGCAUACCAGUCGUUUGCAGUGAUUUGAAUAUCUUAAAUAAUUCUCAGGAAGGAUCUAAAUUAAAAACACCAUUAGUGAUUUCUGAAAGAAGAAAAAAAAUUGAUGAAUUAUCUUCUGAAACUUAUUCAGAAGGAGAAAUUAAUUGCCCUAGUUCUUGUUCUUAUUCUUUGGGGGAAAUAAGAGGAUCACAAGGAGAGAACAUUAGUUUGAAAAAAACGUCAAAUAAAACUUGUUCAACUUGGAGAAUCAAAAAUAAAAAUCAAAGUUCAUGCAGCAGCACAAUUCUGAGUAAUUCUGUGACACGCAGUCUUGGAGAAUUCCACUAAUUAUUACUCAACUGAAGCUGUCCAAGUUUUAUCUUUCGAAUAAAGAAGAAAACAAUAUUUACACUAAUUAAAAAAAUAAGUUUAUUGUAAUUUUUUUUUAUAAUUUUCAGAUGUAUAUGUUUUUACUGUAAAUUAUAGCAAUUAAAUUAAUUGUUUUUAUAAA